AUAACCGAGAUAAAAAAUUACAAUAAACCACUUUCAAGGUAGACUCGAAUCUGGAAUUUUUGAUAUUAUAUCGUUUUCUAUCAUCAGAUUUUAAUUUAAUUAAAAACUACAAAAUCUCGCUCUUUAAUCGAUUGCCAUGAAAUUCUGCGGACCUAAACUGUCCCUGUGCGGGAUCAUUAUCAGCAUUUGGGGAAUAAUUCAAUUGGUAUUGAUGGGUUUCUUCUAUUACAUCCGUAGUGUAGCACUCAUUGAAKACUUGAACAUCCCUGAAGAACACAAGUUUGUGAAUCCACAAGAUUUUUAUAGUACCGCUGACAAAAUGUAUUCUCUGGUAAGGGGUAACCAUGUUACUUAUUUAAUAGCGCAAAUAUCAAARUAUUUAAAAUMACGCAAAAUCUAAAAUGAUUCCUAGGUA